AAUGAAUUUAGAAUAAACAAGUUAUUUCAAACAUAUUACCCAAGUUAUUUAAAUAACUUUUUUGUUUUCAGAGCGUACUGACCGCGUCUCAGUUACCUAUUUAUGUUUUAGUUUCCGUCUUAAUAAUUGAUAAAAUUUCAAGAUGGAGAAUUCUUUGCUAAAUAUGACCGAAGAGUCUGAGGAUUGCGUUGACUUAACUGAUGAUUCAAAUGAUGCUAUGAUGUUGGACAUUUCUACAAGUAACAAGCUCAAAGAAAAUCCUAUUUUAGUACCAAAUUUUAUGUUUAAACCUGAAGAACAGCUUAGAAAAAUUGAAGCAAACUCAAUAUGGAAUUUUCAAUCAGAAAAAAAUAAAGAUCUGGAAGACUUAAUUCAUAGAGUCUUAAAAAACAAAAAGGAAUUGGAGGAGCAAUCGAAUCCAAAUAUUAACACUCUGGUAGGAGAUCAAAUUCUUGGUAGUAUAUCACAUGGGUCCUUGCAGCCUAAUCACUGUGUUGACCUUACUAUAUCCGAUGACUCAAUCGAUUCAAUCAAUUUCGAAAAAUUUAAAACUGAAGAACGGCUUAAGAAAAUUGAAAAACGAAAUUUAGAGCGUGAACUUAAUAGACAAAAAGCUAAAGAACGCAGAGAGUUAAAAAAAAGAAUGAGAUUUGAAGAACAAUUCAAACCAAUUGAAGAACAAAGUUUGCAAUUUAGAUUAAAAGCAGAAGAAAUUAAACUUAGAGAAGAAGAAAAGAGAAUGGAAUUGGAAGAACAACUAAAGCCAAUUGAAGAACAAAGUUUGGAGCGUAGACGAAAACAAGAUUUAAUAAGAAUGAAAACUGAGAAACGUCUACGGCAAAUUGAACAACGAAAAUUGCAACGUCAAAUUCGAAAACAAAAAGAGAAAGAACUCAGAGAGUUAAAAAAGAAAAUGGAAUUGGAAGAACAACAAAAUCGAAAAGAGAAUGCUUUGAAAGGAAUGACAUUCUUACUUGGUAAGAGUCAAGUAUUUUCCAAAUUUUUGGGAGAUAAAUUAGAAUCAAAUUUGAAUAAAAACGAAAAUGAAGAACAUAAAAGUGAAAUUUUAAACGAAAAACAAAACGACAUAAGUAAAAUUAUUAACGAAAGUCAAGAAAUACAAAGUGAAAUUGUUAGCGACAAUCAAGAAAGCAAAAGUGAAAUUUUAAACGUAAAUCAAGACGAUAAAAAUGAAAUUACAAACGGGAUACAAGAAAUAGAAAGUGAUAUUGUUAACGAAAAUCAAGAAGGCGAAAAUACAAUUUUAAGCGAAACUCAAAACGAAAAAAUUGAGAUUACAAACGAAAGUCAAGAAGAAGGAAGUAAAAUUACAAACGAAAAUCAAGAAAGUGAAACUAAAAUAAAAAAUGACAUUCCAAAAUAUUUUACUGGAGGGACCUUACGCCCCUAUCAAGUAGAAGGCCUAACAUGGCUCAAACUAUUACAUGAAAAUGGUAUAAAUGGAAUAUUAGCAGAUGAAAUGGGUUUGGGUAAAACCAUUCAAGUAAUUGCAUUAAUUGCACAUUUAUAUGAGAAAAAUAUUCCUGGACCAUAUUUAAUAAUUGCCCCAUUAUCAGUUACUACAAAUUGGAGAGAAGAAUUUAAAAAAUUUGCACCGAAAUUACCAGUAGUCUUUUUUUAUUCCGGUGAAAUUCGUAAUACUAAGAAAACAUGUAAUCCACGAAUUAAAAUACGGCAAUUUAUAAAAAGUGAUUAUAAGCUUGAUGGUAAAUGGGUGAAACCAAUUGUGGUUACCACAUACCAAGUGGCUGUUUCAGAUAAAAAAUUUCUUGGUACAUUCAAUUGGAAGUAUAUCAUUUUGGAUGAGGCACAAUAUAUUAAAAAUUGUGAUUCACAACGUUAUAAAGCUAUCAAUAAUUUUCCAAGUUUAAAUCGUUUAUUAUUAACUGGCACGCCAUUACAAAACGAUUUAAGUGAACUCUGGGCAUUAUUACACUUUUUAAUGCCUAAAAUAUUUGGAAGUCAAUUCGAUACCACAUUCACAACAGUAUUAAAUUCAGAAGAUUUUAAAAGUAUAGAGGAAACUGUUGGUAAUGAUGAAAUUAAAGGUAUUAUUUCAACAAUUCACGGUGUUCUGAAUCCAUUCUUGUUACGACGUUUAAAACAAGAUGUCAUGGAUGAUGUUGUGCCAAAAAAGGAAGUAGUAGUCUAUUGUCCUUUAUCUGAUAUGCAACGCACAUUGACCAAAUAUGUGAUUGAACGAAAUUUGGAUUUACUUUCUGGUAAAAAAGAAAAUGAAAAUAUAUUCGUUGAAUCAUCAUCGAAACGUCAAUGUUCUUCAAUUCGUCAAGACUAUAACGAAACCGAUAACGAUGUUAGAAACGAUGACGAUUUUAUUCAACAUCUGAACAAAGAAAUUGAUAUUUCACAAAAAAAUCGUGACUUAUUAGCAAAAUUAUCUGAAAGUAACAAACAAACUAGAAAGGAUGGUGUUCAAAUUAUUAGAUCUGUGAAUCUGGCAUCACCGUGGAUGGCACUUCGAGAACUUGCCAAUCAUCCAUAUUUACUUCAUAUGCCAACAGUUGAAAAUAAACAAGGCCAACGUGAAAUUAAAGUUGACGAGAAUUUAAUUACAACUUCGGGGAAAAUGCGUGUAUUAGAUUUAUUAUUACCACGACUUAAAGCGGGAAAUCAUAAGGUUCUAAUCUACAGCUGUUUUGUAAUGAUGUUAGAUAUUGUCGAAGAAUAUUUAAUAUAUCGAAAUUAUAAUUAUGCAAGACUUGAUGGUGGCCUUAUGUUGGAAAAAAGACAGUCAGAAAUUGAUAAAUUUUGUUCGGAUGAAGAAAUUUUUGUAUUUUUAAUAUCUACUAGAUCGGGUGGUGUUGGAUUAAAUUUAGUGGAAGCUGAUACUGUGAUAUUUAUGGAUCUUGAUUGUAAUCCACAAGCUGAUGUUCAAGCACAAGAUCGCUGUCAUCGCAUUGGACAAACAAAGCCAGUAGUGAUUUAUAAAUUUUUAUCACUUGGUACCAUUGAUGAAAAAAUUUAUAAAAAUGGUGAAAUGAAAAGACGUUUAGAAAAAGUUAUUAUUCAAAAUAGUCGAUUACAGAAAUCAAAUUAUACAAAGGCCAGAAGUGUUGAUAAAGAUGACCUCUUAAAAUUGUUGAAGUCUCUAGAGAGUACAAGGGAAGUACGUUCUUCAAAUUCGAAUAUAAGUGUGUUAACAACUGCUGAACUUGAUGAACUAAUGGAUCGAAGUGAUUUAUAUAAACAGUUAAAUGAACAUUUAGCAAAAAUCAAUGCUCAAAAAGAAAACAAAAUCAUUUGACCAACAUCUUAAAGGUUGGCAAUUGUGAUUUUUUUUAGUCCCAUUUAUUUUUGCUGGAAUAGAAAGUGUAAAAAGAUGGGAGAAAUUUCAAAUAGAAUUUCGAAUCAAUUCUAUUCACUAUAUAACUAUUUUGUUUAUUGGGCCGAUAUCUAGUUUAAAAAAAAAAAAAUUGUUCUA